UAGACAAGAUGACAGCAGUUUUCAAAAGUUUCACGUAUCAAGUUUUUAAUUAUUUUUAAUCAAAAUAAAUAUUUACAGAUCAAAAUGGAUUGGAUUCACUGCAAUAAAUGUUUCUCUCAAUUAGAACCGGGAAUAUCGUUACAUUUAACAUCAUGUGGUCAUAUGUUUUGCAAUAAGUGCUUGGACAAUGUAACAAAAGGAAAAGAGAAUGCGACAUGUUUAGUAUGCCGCUUGCCAUGUUCUAUUAUGAAAUUAGUACCGGACAUGAAACCCGAAGUCCAAGAUUAUUUCACAGAGCCUGAAGAGUUUAUAAAGAAAUGCAGUGAAGUCUUACAGUUCCAGAGACAGCAUAGAAGACGUCUCUUGUCUUAUCUUUUACAGUCCACCAAAAAGUUCUACUUGGCCCGCACAGAGCUAAAGCGCAUGACUGAAAUAUGCCAAAAGCAGCACAAACAAUUGAAAGAGUGCCAGAAAACUAUCAAGAACUUGGAGACACAGCUCGCCAGCGCUAACAAGAAGCAAUCUCCAUUCAGCAUCCCGAUCUCCCCGGGCUCUAAUCUGUCCCCGGCGUUCAUACAGGCCCCGGCUUGCAAGCGCCCUGCCAAGAGCACACCGUAUUCUGCGUAUUGUCAGUCUAACCUGGUGACCCCAUCCCGGAUAAGUAAGCAGCGGCCAGCUUGCUACAGCGCUACGAGUCAGAGGUCAAACACGUCGAACAAGAUAACUUCAACGGUGUACACCCCGCCCACCCCCGAGUCGGCCGGGUACAGCGAAUUUUUAAAGAAUCUCUAAUAACGGUAUCUGGUAUUAAAUUACUUAAGUCCGGAGUCUGGCUAUUCGACGAAUUCUCCAUUCGAGUUGUCACCGGGCGCCCUCUACUGCAGCGGAGCAGGAAAAAACUGUUCAUUCAAAAAUGGAAUGAAGAUUAUGAAAUAUUAG